AUGUCUACGGGUGUUACUCAUUCAGACAGCUCCACAUUGAAGCAUCGAUUGGCACACAGCGUGAAUGCUAGUGAUCUUCAGAAUGCCAAACAAAGUGACAAUACAAUCAAUGGCACUCAAAAGAACGACACACUCUCUCAAGUUGCUCGAGAAUCUGGUGAUCGGGUUGCUUCCACCGAAACUGACACUGUUGAGGUUGACAAACAAAAGAAGGUGAAGAAGCCCCGUAAACGAUCACGGCUCAAUGUUGCUCCGUUGAACACUCCGCUCCACCGCCGUCUACAGACAUUGGCAGUCAUCUGGCACACAGUAUCUAUCCCAUCCUUCUGCAUCUUGUUCCUCUUAGUGGUGUACUUGGGGUCGGUGUCUUGGGUGUCCAUAAUUUUGCCGUACUUUGUAUGGUUUUACGGCGUGGAUCUCCACACUCCCACCAACGGCAAGGUGGUCUACCGUGUGCGAGGAUGGAUGAAGAAUUUGAUCUUGUGGGAGUGGUUCGUUGAUUACUUCCCAAUCAAAGUGUACAAGCUGUGCGACUUGGAGCCUACAUUCACUUAUGAGUUGGUGGAAUCGGAAUCUGUACCCGAUGAUGAGGACGAUCUAGUCUCCGAAUACUCACGUACUACGUUGGAUAGCAUUUUCAAGUGGUUGGGAUUGCUGAAGCGAAUCAACGACUCGGAUCGCUCGUCCCCUCCUGCUACAGGUUCAGAUAAUGAAGAUGAUAAGUCUUCGAAAGACAUGACCCACACGUACCGCAAAGUAUCAACGGGUCCUCGUUAUAUCUUUGGCUAUCAUCCACAUGGAGUUAUUUCCAUGGGAGUCAUGGGCCUCUUUGGCACCAAUGCCCUUCGAAACGAACCAUUUCGGCCCCCAUUAAGAAUGUUAAAAAAGCUAUUUCAUGAUCCUUCCAAGGGCAAGCGUCUUUUUCCGGGAAUAGGUUACAUCUUCCCGUUGACAUUGACAACACAGUUCACCAUUCCGUUCUUCCGGGACUACUUGUUGAGUCUUGGCUUGACGAGCGCAGGUGCAAAGAACAUUAAAAGUAUCAUCAACAAUGGCGACAAUUCCGUAUGUAUUGUGGUGGGUGGUGCGCAGGAGUCCUUGUUGAACGCCAUGGUGGGCGAUGACAUCAAGGUCGGCAUGGGCUACCAGGGUCACUCGGAUUCGGAAGAUGAGCAUGUGGAAGAAAAGCCAAAACGGCAAAUUCGUUUGGUUUUGAAGAACCGUAAAGGUUUCGUUAAGCUUGCCUUGGAGUUGGGUAAUGUAUCGUUGGUACCCACUUUUGCUUUUGGAGAAGCAGACAUUUACAAGCUUACCAUGCCAGAACCUGGCUCCAUAGGGCACUACUUUCAGCAGUGGGUCAAGAAGAACUUUCAAUUCACUAUUCCAUUCUUCAGCGCCAGAGGUGUGUUCAUAUACGACUUUGGCAUGCUUCCUUACAGAACUCCCAUCAACAUUGUGACUGGCCGGCCAGUAUAUGUUCCCUCGGGUUUACUACUGGAACAGAAGGAAGAACCUUCUGAGAAGCCGUUGGAGCGCUCCAAACGGCUGUCUUCAAUCACAUCACUCUUGAGUUUAGGAAGCAAAAAGAAGAAACCGGCUCGGAAGCAAAUCCCUCCUGAUCUUCUCAACCACUACCAUAAGCUAUACAUCGAAGAGUUGCAGAGAGUGUACGAUGAAAACAAGCAUAAAUUUGGCUACGGUGAUGUGGAGCUUAUAAUCACGGAUUAG